UCCCUAGGCCUGCCGCCCGCCAUGCAGAAGGUCAUGUUCAAGGGGCUGGUGCCCGAGGACAAGACGCUGCGCGAGAUCAAGGUGACCAACGGCGCCAAGAUCAUGGUGGUGGGCUCCACCAUCAACGACGUGCUGGCCGUCAACACGCCCAAGGAGGCCGCGCAGCCCGAGGUCAAGGCCGAGGAGAGCAAGAAGGAGCCGCUCUGCCGGCAGAAGCAACACAGAAAAGUACUGGACAAAGGAAAACCUGAUGACGUGAUGCCUUCUGUUAAAGGUGUUCAGGAACGUCUGCCAACAGUGCCCUUAUCUGGCAUGUACAAUAAGUCAGGGGGAAAAGUGAGACUGACCUUUAAACUAGAGCAAGAUCAGCUAUGGAUUGGCACGAAAGAGAGAACAGAAAAAUUACCCAUGGGAUCUAUUAAAAAUGUGGUGAGUGAACCUAUUGAGGGACAUGAGGAUUAUCACAUGAUGGCAUUUCAGCUGGGCCCUACAGAAGCGUCUUACUACUGGGUCUAUUGGGUACCUACUCAAUAUGUUGAUGCAAUCAAAGACACGGUGCUGGGGAAAUGGCAGUAUUUUUGAAAGCACGCUCACCUCUGGCACAGGAGACUGACACAAAACUAAGGACACUGCUGGGAGAGGCCUCCAACGUCCCUGGAUGUGAUAAUCCUGGAACUUAUUAAUAAAAUGUGAUCUAUCGAGGCAUUGACGGAAGCCAGAGGUGAUGUUCUUUCACCAUUAGUUUACUUUUAACUUAAAAAUUUCAGCAUCCCUUUUCUGCAGUCAGCUUCAACCGUAUUUAAAGCAAAUACAGUGGAAAUCAAUAAAUCUUAAUUCACAACAUAUUGUGUGUAAUACACUUAAAUCUGCUGAGAGUAGAUCUUCCAAUUUAGUUUUUGAAAGGAAAUAUUACAAUGUACUGUUGAGGAUUUUUUACAUCAUUUGAACAAAAACUAUUUUCAUAAUCUUUCAGUUACAAGCAUUAGACUCUACUUACUUGGUUGUGACUGUUUGAGAAACAGGUUUUUGGGGUUUUUGUUGUUUUGUUUUUUUAAAAUAAACUUUAACUAGUAUGCAAACUCGGGGUUUAGUAAGCCAUAUUCUGCUGGCCCUUUUAUUUCAGAUUUGCCUUUUUUUGGUAGCAACAUUCUGAAGUUUUGUUGUUGUUUUUGUUGGUUGUUUUUUUUUUUUAACCCAAAGAUGCCCUGCUUCUGCUUUUUUCCGCUAGCAGCUCUGGCUUUAUAUGUGCAGUGUUUGUAUGUGGGGAGCAGGAAGAUGCCACUGUGGACUUUCUGUAGCCAAGACGGCCCAGUGCUGCUUAUUGUCCCAUUUCAUGCUGUUUUCAGCCAUUCUGUGUUGCCUGCGUACCCCUCUGCCCCUUUUCUGCCUCCUGCGGGGAGAUGCUGUUUUUAGGAGCCUCUCUGCCUUGUAUGUUGUUGUCCAGAAUCAUUUUGCAGGCAUGUUGUCAACACUAAUCUAUGUGAAAAUAAAUCGGUUCACAACCAGCCAAUCUGGAAUAUAACCUGCUAAACUUUUGGAGCCAGUGCACUGCAGUAAUGACCAAGAUGAUGCUACUGAAGGAGGUGAACCAAAGGCACCUUCCUAUUAGUUGUUGGGAUUAUGUGGCCAAGAUGCCACUUUUUCGAGAUGCAGCAUAACUGAGUAGUCCUGUACAAUCUGGAUUUGCAGAGUACUAGUUCUUUGUAUCAGCAGUGCUUGUGAAGUUUGGGAUACGUGCCCAAAAACUGAUCCCUGUCUCUGAAGGGUAAAGAUGACACGGUUACAUUUCAGCUGAUAUUUCAUCAAGUUUUCAGCAGAUUCCAUUGGCUCUCUAGCCUCUUUCUAUCUGAAAUAAUGUUCCUGGUCUAUGGCUUGUGACAUUUUGCCUGUCAGCUCUGCAAUUGAAGUGCCAUUUAUCUCAGGUUUUCUGAAUGGACCUUUCAGUCCUGAAAAAAGGUGCACGCCCUUAAUAGACUGUAUUGCAUGGUAAGGCUGAAUUAAGUCUUGCUGUGCUUUAAACCUGCAUAGAACAGAUCACUAUUGUGGGUUUUUAUCUCCAGCUUUUUUUAAACACUGUAUACUUAAUAUUGUGUGUUUAUAUGUAGCUCAAAGUUUGGUCAGAAACAUCCCUCUUUAUAAAAGUCUAAUUUAACUUACUCUCUGUCUGUAUUUAAUUUUUUUGACAUAUUUCUGUUGAAACUCAGCAGAUGCAAACUGCUUCUAAAUGAGCAUUUUUUACAUAUAUGCUGGAGAAGGGGGGGUCAGUCAUGGGAUGAGUGGUUUUUCUUAAAAGUGGCUGUUGAAAAUGUAUUUGGGUUAAGGUUCUCUACCUGCCUACGUGGUUUUGGCAGCAACAUAAUGUGGUUCUGGUUUGUCUUUCCAGUUCAAAUCUCUGUGCAAUAUGAGUCUAUUUCAAAGGGGUUUCACAUCCCCACCGGUAACCUGGUGAUAUGCUUGUUGUUCUUGUAGCUUGAGCUGCUUUUAUUCUGUACGCAAACCAAGAGUGGCAGGUCUUGCCAUGUAGUAUUUGCAGUAUAACGGGGAUUGUCCUGGCAUCAUACCGUGAUGUUUGCCUAGGACUAUGCUGCUGAAAGCUGUUAGCAAGUGCAGAAAUGCAAGUAGCGGAAUAGCUGUACGUUCUGGUUUUUUGGGGGGUGUCUGUAAAACUUCACUGCAAUCAUCACUAUUUUUCUAAUUGCUAAUUUUAGGUUUAAGGCUAAAGCACAGAUAUGAAGGAACGGGCACAGCUGAAUCUCCACUAGGCACUGCUGUGUUACACACCCGUGCAAAAGGCAGUGACGUGGAGCAUUCUCUGGUGCUUGGGUUCACCAUUAUUCUUGCCCAGUUUAACUACUUCAGUUGUUGUUGACUUCUGUUCACCACUUCACUUACCUUGCAUUUGUCUAAAAACCCAUUCAGUCUCCGUCUCCCUCCUGUUCUUUCAGUAGCCUUCUACUUGAAAGGUCCGCUGUCCUCCACCGUGUUACUGCAGCUCUUCCCACAUGUUCCAGGGAGCUCUACGUUCAGAUGCAGUCAUGAGGCUGAGCACGCUCUGCCACCAGUGUUUGUCACUUAUUCUGGGGUAGGGUAUGUACCUGGGGACAUUGCUUCCAAGACUGUGAGGGCAGCUGGGGUCCCGUAUACAGUGUAGGAUUUAAUGUCCCUUCUGUGUUUCUUCCCUGAAGGCAAAAUAACUACAUUCGGUGCUAUGUACAAUAGGUCUUGGAUAUUUCAAGGGACACUUAAAAGCCUGUGUUGCCAUCCAGAUUGUGUACCCAUAUUUCCCACCACCUUAGAUUAUUACAAAUAAUGACAAAUUUUGAAUUCAGACUUUCUUGUUCCUGUCCACAUACUUCAUUGUCUCGUGACUUUCACCUGAUUUGGAAAACAAAGCUCAGUUCAUCUUCAGGGUCUAGAUGCAGUGUUUAGGCUGGAGUACACCAGGACGGAUAUUGGUCUAGUAUGUUUUCAUUUGCUGUUCAGGGUUUGGUUGUGCAUAUCUUUUUUUGAGUUUUAUGAAAGUUUGUUCUUAAACUGGACUCAAAGCUCUAGCUUUAAAGUUGACAGCAUCCCUUCAAGAUGUCUCUGUCUAUUUUUAGAAUGACACGAAACUUUUUUUACUUCUACUUUUAAGAGAGUCCUUAAAAUGACCCAUGCUCAUAAAAGCCUAGAUGACACAAUAACACUC